AUGGAGAAAGUUGACAUCGGAGCCGUCAUUAAGUACCUCUGUAAGAAAGGGAUUUCCCCCAAGGAAAUUCACGAAGGCUUCUUGGAUACACUUGGGAUGGAGUCCCCUUCCUAUAGUACUGAAGGACUGAAAAUGGCAGAGUCUGCUGAUAUUGUGAUGGAUAUAAGUAAAGUCAUCAUAAGAAACUUUGUUGCCCUCAAGAAAUAUAUGCAUCCUGAUCCUUUAAUUGAUUGUGACACAGGCUUUGAAUUACUCACGAUCACAGACAGAAGGAAUAGCAAGGGUAAGGACAUUACAGAUAAAAAUGAAAUGAUUUUGAGAAAAGUAAUAUCCAAAGGUGUUAAAGGUUACAGUGACUUUAAAGAGCGGCUUAAAAAGACUUGGCAGACUGAACUAUUAGACCUAUUGACUUGUGCAGAGAAUGAACAGGACACAACAGAGAUAGAGAGUCGGCUUAAGAAAACCGCAGUGUUAAGUCAAGAGUAUAUCAAACACAGAGGUGAACUUAAAGAUUGUUUGAUAGUAUUCUACAAAAAGAGACACAGUAAAAUUUUUCUGUCGCCACUUUUUGAAGAGAAAGACACACCCUUGCUUCCUUUCUAUAUCAGACCAGAGUUGAACUCAAUUGCCUCAACACAGACGGGAAAUGAUGAUAAAAUACCAGUCAAAUCGCUAUCGGAGAUGUUCAAAUCUGUACAUAAAGGUAACCGAGAAAUAUAUGUACCCGCUGAUGCUGGAGUAGGAAAAACAGCAUUUUCAAAGUAUCUGGCAAACUUAUGGUGUCAAUUCAAUUGUCCAGAUGAAGGCAUGACACAAUAUUUUGCUGAGGAUGAUUUAGACUGCAUGCAAGAAUUUGAUUUCUUAUUCCUAGUCUUAUUGAGAGACUCGUAUAAUUUAUGUUCUAUAGAUGAUCUCAUAUUUGAAACGAUUGUUUCAAAUUUAGGUUUUCAAAAUGAACCCUCAAAAGAUUUCCUGUUAAAGAUUUUGAAAAAUGAGAAAUAUCUAGUUAUACUUGACGGACUGGAUGAAUGGACCCACCCCAAGAGGAAAUGUUCCAGAAUGCCACGAUCGAUCCCCCACAGGAAUGACCGAGAAAAUUGUACAAUACUGACUACCACACGACCAUGGAAAUUAGAUGUUUUGCAACUUAAGUCGAGUGAGAUAGGCGAAAAAGUAGAACUUACAAAACUAAGUAAAAACUCGGCAGAUACCCUUACAAGGAGGAUAUUACAAAUAUUAAAACCUCAGGUAAGUGAGGAUGCAUUACAAAAAGACGUCACAAAAUUGAAAGAAGAAAUAAAUAGUAGAAAAAACGCCGAACUUACUUCUGUGCCUCUACUUUUAAUAUUUACAAUUUGUUUAUGGUGCGACGGUGCUAAAAUAGGAAAUUCAAAAUGUGAUAUCUAUGUUAAUCUGAUCGAGCUACUCUUAUCGAGAACGACUCGGAAGCAGAGACAACUCAAACAGCUGGACAUUUCUUCCAGUGACAUCCCAAAAUACUUUGCUGAAUAUGAAAACUGUAUGAAAUACUACCUACUCCUGGUGAAUCUAGGAAAAUUAGCUUUUUAUACAUUACUCAAUGAAACAAAGGAAAACACGCUUGUAUUUGCUGAAUCAGUAGCCAAAAAAUAUCUCUCAACAGACGAGAUGAAGUUCACACUCCACUCAGGGAUGUUGUCUGAAAGUACAUCCAAAACACUAACAAAAAAGUAUAGUAAAGUAUCGUUUUUCCACAAAACAGUUCAGGAAUUCUUUGCUGCCAUAUUUAUAAGUUCACAAAGUGACGCUCAGAAAACUGUUCUAGAAAAAUGUAGAAAUCUUCAAGACAUUCUGGACAUGUCAAACAUUUGGGAAUUCAUAAGUAAAUUGAAUGCUGACCGGAUGUGUGCAAUAUCAAAUGACUUGAUGACUGUGAGAAAUGAAGACGAGAAAACGCGCGACUUUAGGAUAAGGACAUGUGUCGAACACUACAUAUACACUAUUCCAUUUUAUGUUAUACAGACAAUGUUCAUGUCGUGUUUGCAAGAAAUGCCUGAAAGUGAAAAUAUUCAAUUAUGUUUACAAGAUUUCUUCAUUGACGCGAUCAACGAGCACAGUGAACUGUUACAACGUUUAUUAAAACAAAAUAAACACAACAUAAAAUCCCUUUAUAUAGACACCAUUAAUACUUCAAGAAAAUUACAUGAACUUAUAGAUUUAUUCUCUCUCACAGAUCUAUGUCAUAUACAGACACUUUUUUAUGAAGAUGACGAGGAGAAGGAAGCUGAGAUCAAUCUAAUAUUGUUUCCCAGUUUGCAAAGUGUUACUUUGCGGACUGGUAAAUGGACAAAUGGUGAAGAAACUCUGAAUGAAAAUUUGGCCCGAUGUCAAAAAUUACAAUAUUUACAUAUUAGCAGCUUCACGUUAUCUCACAAAAUAAUGGAAACAAUAUUCAAUUUUGUCUACCAUCAAAAAUUAAUGAAAGAAUUAACAUUAAAGGGGUUAAAAUGUAAAGAACACGUCGGCCAUGAGUGUGAGAGAUGGAACUUAGACGUGUCUCAACACUCAACACUAACAAAGUUAAAGUUGCGGAACUUUCCUAGAUUACACUUAAAUAUAACGACUCCGUCAUUAGUUAAUGUUAAGUUGUCGUCCAUCAAUCUAGAUGAAAGUUCUUUAAUACUGUCAUGUGACAUGUUGAAUAUUGCUCAUUUGGAGUUGAAGGAGAUAGAUAUGUCUGCAGGAAGUUUACAGAAGAUUACCCUGCUGGAAAAUCUGCCGCAGACAGUUACAGUAGAGAUGGGUUACAUAAAACCGUUCACAGAGUAUGACCGUAUUAGAGAAAAUAUUCGGAGAUCACAAACAUUUAAUGUGAUACGAGACGACGACUGGCUUAGCGUCGUUAAGUUGGAAAAAAGUUCAGAAAAGACCAAAAAAGAAAAACAUUGUGAAAUAAGCUGAAGACAUUAAUUUAAAUAUUGUAAAUGAAAAUACUUAGAAAAAACCAAAACAAAAAACAGAGACUUAUCAAACUUAACUUUAUCGAUUCAGUAUAUUUACAUUCAGACUAAUGAUAGACAAUUUGGAAGUUAAUUAAGUGACAGUAUAGAAAACAUUUAAUUGAAAAGAAUAAUGCACGGACGAUUUUACGGAACUAUUUCAUAUACAAUUUGAAUAGUCGUCAUUAAAAAAGGAAAUAGUUGACAGAUUUUUCACAGAAAACAAAAUAUUGAACAUUCGGUCAUAUCAUAUGUCUAAUAUCACUUGUCAGCGGCCGUGGAAUAUUUGUGAUGCAGAAUCAAUGAUGACACCAAAACAAUGAAAAUGAACUACUUAUCAACAUAGACAUGUUUCUUUCUUGCCAAUGUAAUAAUUCUUAUAUUAUCUUAAAUGAUUUUCCGCUCAAUAAACUGCAAAUGGAGAUAGAAAAAUGGUACUCGAAGAUAGCCUCCAGGAAGAUAUUGCUGACAAUUUGCCUCAUCUCACAAAUUUACGAAGCAAAAAUUUCAGCUUCACCAAUCUACAGGGAUGAUGAGAAAUUUACUCCUGGUUCCCGGCUUAACGAAAACAAACCCAAAAGCAAAUUGUUUAAAACAUGGUUUCAUCACCAGUACCAUGUGUAUGCUUCUUGUUCCUGGUUUAACUGUGUAAAAAUACAAACUUGCAUCACAAGUACCAUACUGAUAUCUGAUUUCAUCAAUGCAACUUCACAUCAAAGAAAAUUACACCAUGACCGCUGUCAAAUGUUUAAGAACUAAGAAACUCUUUUAUCAGUGAAUUGAAUUCCUACCGGUAGAAAACACAAAUGUAACCACAGCUAUAAUUACACUAAGCCAUGAUUAAACUUAUGUAGAAAAAAAAUCUAGUUUAAGCAAGUCGAUUCGAAAUAUUUUUACUUCAUAAUAUUUGCAUUAAUACUAUUUUUUGCAAUUUAAGAGUGAAGUGAUAUAUCAAGAAUUGUUAAACAGUAAAUGAUUUUACUAUUAAGAUGAUUGUAAAGCCUGGUAUAUGUAUAGAUGUUUAUUGUACUAUUAGACUGGAAUUCUGUAUUAUUGUAGGAUUUUGAUGAUAGUUUCGCGCUUAUUUUUAUUCAUUCAUUUUUCUGCAGUAAUAGUUGCUGAUGACAUAAAGGAAACUUGAAAGUUAUUAAAUUGAUGCUCUAUAUGUAUAGAUAAGAUAAGUGAACAUGUUCUAUUUUGCUGUUCGUGAUGUUAGUAUUAACAUUGAUAUAUUUUCUCAUGAUUGAUAUGUACAUGUAUAUAAGUUAGUAAUUUAGAUUUUUACAGGUUAUAUGGACAGUUAUAAUCCUACACAUUUAUAAGGUCGCUUUUCACUGGAUAAUCUUGACGUUUAUAUACUUAUUACUUGUAUUCUGUCAGAAGAUUUUAUGUAUUACAUAUUUAUGAUAAUGGCACAGCUUCUGUCUUUUUCUAAAAUGGACUAUAUAUCUUGAGUGUGCAACAACCUUGUAUAUAGAUGAUGUCCUGUUCAAGUUGACAUUACACAUGUACAGUAUGAUAAAAUUAGUUAUAAAGGUUGUUGACAGGUUAUAUGGCCCAUCACAAUCACUUGUGAGAUUUUAUAACCUGACCCGCUUGACUUUGGUUAUAUCGCACGGCCAUAUAUCCUGUCAAGAAUCUCAAACGAAUUUAUUUAACAACCUAAUUCCUUAGAAUGAAGAAAUGGGAAAAUGUCUUCAUAAAUAAUUGCAGCCAUAUUUUAUUAGUUCUAUAGAUUUUUGACAGGUUAUAUGGCCCUAUAUAAAUGAUUAUAUUGCAAACAACCGUUUUACAGUCAUAUAACCUGUGAGAAAAAAAUUUAUUACGAGUUUAUAAUAUACAGCAAGCAUCUUUUUAGAGAUAAAAGUGAGAUGUCUUCAUAAAUUGAAAUCAGUCGUGUAUAUAAAAUUAUAAGUCCAAUGAAAAGGGACGUUACAAAUGUGCACCAUUAUAAAAAUGUGAUAUACAAUCAUGCAAUAUUAGGAUUUCUCGUCAUUUUGUUUUUCAUUCAACAUUGGUUGAAUAUUUUGAUUGUUCUGUAAAGUUAUUGUUUUCUUUUGUCCUUGCAUUUAUAUAUUUUGGUUACUCAUAGAUGUAUUUAUAUGUAGAGGGUUGCGCUGAUUUGAUACAGAUUUGUAUAUACAACAAUAUAUAUAUUAAUUGUCAAUGUUGUUUACAAAAUGUUCUAGUCUGAUACAAUGUAUUUUUUGUAAAUAUAGAUGUAUAUACACUAUACUUAUGAGUUCUCAUUAAAUACAUAUUAUGCCCAAAUUUCAUAUUUGAAAAGAAACAAACUGAUUAUUACUAUAAAGCCUAUUUUAAAAUGUAUAAUAAACAUCUUUUGAAUACACACAGAGAAGAUAUUUUCUGUUUUAAAUUCUACAGACUACAGGUAAUAUCAGUAUAAAUGCAUGGUGUCAUUAAAUUUUUAAGGGACUCCACUGAGGGUUUUUUACAUGAACGUACUGAAAUAUUUUUUGUAGAUAAAUGUACCAUUUGAUGUAGGUUUAGACCACUAAUCCUUGUGCAAAAUUUCAGAUCAUUCGCGCACUUCGUUUUGCAGAAUAAUUAUUCAAAUUGUAAAAAAUGACCCAAAAUGAAAAGCGUUUAAAUGCUUUUCACUCAAAUCGAGCAAAGAAAGGCAUAAAAGUACGAGUUUCAAUUUAUUUCAAAGUAUAUUUCUUAACU